UCGCGACCUCGCUCUCCAAAGGGAGCAAAUGACUGCACAUGUAAAGGGAACAUACGUGUCUGUAGUAGAGAAUGGUCUGGUUGGUGGGUACAGUAAGCGGGUUCUGUGGCGGGAAAAGCGACAGGACCACAUGCUUGUCGUGUUUGACAAUGACAUGAUAGAGAAGCUGCCCCUUGACGAGGUCAAGGGAGGAGUGAUGUCACUGUCCUGGUGGCCAAUAAGGGUGGCACCAGUUCGUGGAGUCUUACUGACCAUGUUUGUGAGAUGUCUUCCCACAGACAUCAAAAACUUAUUAGCCAACGAGGCUCAGCUAGAGUAUCACACAUUUGAGACCUUUAGCAAGAAGGCUCUAGGUUUGGAGGCCACGCUAGGAGGUGCUCAACAAUUCCCUACGGAUGGAAAGAAGAAGAGUCCACAAGAGUGGAAGAAGGGCAGCCGAUUGAUGAUGGGUGAGGUUGAUGGUACUCAAACCGAGAUCGAUGACUUUUCAGACUUUGUGGACAGUUCAGAGUUAGACAACGAGGAUAGUGCCGAGGGUAGCGAUCUCGCUGCAUUGGUAAAGAUUAAGGCAGGUGGCCGUGGCAAGGGUGGUCAACAGAGGAGUCAGUGGCAAACCCAGAACCCGAACAAGAUAGCAGCUUGGGUUAGAGCUGGUUUGGAUCAAGAUGUGUGGCGGGACCAAUAUAUGCAAGGUGCUUGCAUUAACUUUGACGAGUAUGGCCAUCAACAGUGCAAAUGCAAGAACGCAAAGGUUUCGCAGAAGAUACCACUUAAAGAACUAGGCAAAAUGGCAACGGAGAAGGAGACAGAUAACCGUAAGAGUGAAGGAGGACCAGGCUUAGGAGGCAGUGCCGUACAAAGCGAAGAGGGGCAGAAGGAUAGAGAAUCGAUAAAUCCGGACGGUACCAAAGGGAACCGCAAGGAAAUCUCCUCAGGGGAAAGCUCGGGGAAAGCCGGUGGAAGCAGGCAAGGGACUCAGGAGACCAAGGAGGGCAGAAAUAAGGACAGGACAAGCUCCCGAAACUCAAAAGGAGCCGUGUCUAAGAAAGUAAGGGUCACGGAUGCGAGGCGCAAACUAACCGAGAUAGAAAAAAGGACCGCGGAGUACAAGGCAAGAUUGAUUGAGGAAAUGAUGACUGGGAACGAAGAAGGCCCUCUGCAGGAGGAACCCCGGGACGAACGGAAAGCCAACCGAGGUGGGACUAGACAAGGGGAUAAAGGUAGUGACCGUGGGGGAACGUCGAGCAAAAGAAGGAAAGAGAAAGAUAACUCUCCGGGGAUGGAAGCGGAAAAGGCUACGACCCCGCCAGCCAUAGAUAGUAGGGCUAGCCGCCUGCCGACCACGCCAGCAGUAACGCGAGGGUGCGAAGGACUCUGGAGCCUUAGGGAAAGCGUGUUGGGAUGGUUUGACCUAGAAGGAACUACGAAAACCAGGGAGGGACAGAAGGCCGGCAAGGAAGGUCCGGAUAACAGUAUGGCAGGCGAGGCCAGCAGCUCCGAGGGCGGCCUUAGGAAGAUAGUGUCGUCCCUCGCGCGAGCACUAAACAAAAAUCAAGGCUACCUAGCGGAUGCUAAGAAAAAGUUGACGUUUGAUGGGGCGAACAUCACAGAAUUCCUGAUAGAUUACGAGAAUCUGGUUGCGCUGUUGAAAUGGACCGAAGAAGAGAAGAUGGACCACCUGGGGCAGCAUGUGUCUUUGAGCCUAGGGUGGGACAUAAUGGCCAUUGUGGCCGCGAGUCGGUCUUGGAAAGAAACCCAGGAUGUGAUGAUGAGAAAAUAUCUGGCAGCAGAGAAGAUGGCAACGGAGGCCGAUCUAGCGGCAGUCCAAAGGAAGAACUUCGCAAACAAUGACUUCCUACGGGAGUUUACUUUGGUAGCACUAAGAAUCCCCGGGGUUACGGACCGAAUAAUGAGUAAGUACUUCCUCAAACAGUUCUCCGAGUUCGAUAAGGACAAGAUCCUGUCGGCUUACCAACAGAUGAGCAAAUUUGUAAACACUAGGGACGUUGAUUUCACUACGGUAACGGAUUUGGCCGAAAAGACGGUAGUGACUGAGACAUUGGACUUGCUUAAGGAAGAAGGGGAGAGGGAGGAGGAAGCUCCUCAAGAAGUGGCUAACCUUCAGAGGAGUCGCUGGGACUUGGAGGAUCUCGAGAAAGCUUUUGCAGACAUUCGUUUGAGCUUGCCCGACCGAGAGGGCGGCGAAGUCAUGAGGUCACCACCUGGGACAAAGCUUAGCUUUCAUGCACUGCCCGUAGGGAAGUUGAAAAUCCAGAUCGGGACUCAUCAUACCGACGCAUUAGUAGACGGGGGAGCAGAAAUCACUCUCAUAAGAAGAGAUUUCGCAACGAUCACGGGAUGUACGGUAAACAAGGAAGUAACAGGGAGCAUCCGGGGAGCUGGCGGGGAAAUCCCGUUCGCUGGGUACGUCAAGAAGUGCGCUGUAAAGGCAGGAGUUAGGGAAUCGAUCUGGUCGUUUCAGCGGAUGACCGUAACGGAGGAAAUGGACCACGACAUAAUCCUCGAGAGACCGUGGUGCGUGAACGUGGAGAUGAUAGGCAUGCACUUGCACGACGGCUCAUACAUGGUAGACAUAGAGGACCCAGUGACCGGCCGGGGAGAGCUCCUCCGACUCCUUGGAACGGGAGGAGACCCCCCAAAGGGGAAAUUGGCAACAUGGUCGCCGUCGUUCGAGGAUAGCACGCGAAAAGGGGCUUUCGCACGGAUGGAGGGUAUGAGAGAAAGGGUAGAAAUCAUGAUUGAGGAAGCAUUUAAGAAGAAGGAGUGGAUCAAGAUGGGCCUGCCCCAGAAGAAGAGGAGGCAGGAGGACGAAGUCCUAGGUGUUAUGGUAGCAGAAAAGGAGUCAGAGGUCGAACGUGGUUCUAGCCUGCCAAGCGGAAAGAAGAAGCCAGAUCCGGCAAAGACCAACAAGAUAUCACAGUGGCCGACGCCACUGCGCACGACAAUGGAGGUAAGGGCAUUCCUAGGCGUAGUCGGCUUUUGGAGGAUCUUCAUUAAGAAUUUUGCCAAGAUUGCUGAGCCCAUCCGGGCUAUGAUCAGGGAAGAAGGAACCAUGGAUUGGACGGAGGAGCGAGAAGGAGUUGUCCAAAAGCUUAAGGACAUAUUGACAUUUGAGACAAUCGCCCUGUCCGCACGUUGUUUUAAUGACAAAGUAGGACGACCCUUCAUCCUAGAGACGGAUGGAGGACCUUUGGCCGUAGGAGGCGUGUUGAUUCAAAGGGAUGAAGGAGGAAAAGAGAGGCGGAUUAGGUUCGAAAGUAGAACCCUGAACUCCGCAGAGCGGCGGUACUCGCAGUUCAAGAAGGAGGUCCUAGCUAUCUUGCACUAUCUUAAGACCUUUCAGUUCUACCUAUUUGGGAGGCGGUUCAUCCUUAGGAUCGAUGCAACGAAUGUUGUAGGGGCCUUAAAGAAUUACAGGCCUAUAGAUCCGACGGUGGGGAGAUGGGUAGGAUUUAUCGGGCAGUUUGAUUACAAAAUCGAACGGAAUGCGGGAAUUAGGAACAAGGCUGAUGGUUUGAGCCGGGUCUGCAUCACUCCCGAAGGGGUGGAGGGUGCGGAGCCCAUAGACGCAUUCCUCGAAUACGAAGGAGGGACUCUUGCGGUGGAUAACGAAAUGAUGAGCGAAGAAUGCACAUCGGGAGAACUAUUGAUCCAGACUUUGGAGAAGGGGGCAUAUGCCGUCGUAGCAGAACUUAGAGAAGGACGAGUCACCACUCGAGGACGCAGAGAAGAAAAGGACUCAUGGGGAGCGAUAGUAGGGCCAAAAGAGGAACUAAUAGCAAUGGCGGUCGAGGGAGGCCGGGAAGCAGUGAUGAGCCUAGUGGAAUCUUGGGAAAGGAGAGAGUUGCAAUGGGUGGUAAACCAGAUGCAGGAAAGAAAGGAUGGGGGCCAGGAAGGGGAGAAGUUUUUUUAUGUCCAAUUAUACGAAGGGUUCUUUCGGGAGAUCGGGCUGUUGCUGGUAGGAAACAAACAACCUACGGAAGUCAGUAUUAAAGCGAGACAAGAGGCUGAAAGGUACGUCCUAAGGGGCGGUCAUUUGUUCCGAAGGGAGGAAGGUGCUAUGCCCAGAACGAUUGUGUGCGGAAGGUCUAGGCAAGUAGACGUUAUCCAGACAAUGCACGACGGGUUAGUUGUAGGUCAUCGGUCGUCCAAAGGAACGUUUGCAAAGAUAACGCCACUCUAUUAUUGGCCAGGCAUGGCAGGCAUGGUCGCCAUAUACUGCCAGACUUGCCUUAUCUGCCAAGAACGAAGCUCGGCGCGGGUCUUCGAGCCGCUUAGACCAACGCGGGUGCUAGGACCAGGACAUCUUGUCCACCUCGACCUUGGGGUCAUGCCUGUAUCAACGGACGGAUACAGGUAUAUCCUGGAUGGGCGGGACAACUUGAGUGGGUUCGUGGAGGCGGUCGCUCUCAAGAAAAAGACAGGGAGGAGUGUGGCGGACUGGAUAGAAGACUUCUACUUGAGGCAUCCGUUCGUCAGGAGGUUUAUAGCAGACAAUGAGACGGAGUUUGUGAACCAAGAAGUAUUAGGGAUGCUUAAGAGACUCUGCGUACCGAUCAAACUCAUCGAGCCGUAUCACCCUGAGGCCAAUGGACCUGUGGAAAAGGGGCACCAGACCUUGAAGAAUACGAUUGCGAAGCUCGCAGCGGACCGUCUGGGGAACUGGCCUAGGUAUCUUAAGCAGGUUGUCUUUGCGGAGAAUGACCCCUAAAAGGACGACAGGAUGUAUCCCGGCGGAGUUUUGGUACGGAAGAGAGAUCGACUUUCCCGUGGAAGCCUUGGUAUC